GGCAAGGCAAGAUCACGGAAAAACAGGAACUCAAACUGGGAGGACUUUGCCCAGAGCCUGCAGAACCUACCUCCAAUUUGGAUUAGCAUCAACAGUUGGUAUUCACCGUGGUCAGUUCUGAAUAACGGCCAUUUUGAGGUGAAUCAUUCUUAGCGUAACGCAGUGUACACAACACCUGGGCCAUGGGUUCCUGUCUCUCCAGAGACGAGGACGGGCAACAGGAACGGAAUAGGGCCGAUAAUGGAGGAGUGACCGGUGUCCCUACUGGAGGGAACAAACCUUUAGUCGACAAAAAAUCACUCGCUUGGAGUUCGGAGACACCGAUGACGAGGACAGAAUUGCAGAGACAACGAGAUGCUUUUUGGGAUACUCAACCAGCAUAUUCGGGCCGCCCGGAAAUAUGGCAAGCACUACGGGCCGCAUGCGAAUCACCUUCCAUGGAUUUAGCCCAAGCCAUCGUUGAUAGCGCCAAUAUCACAGUUCCAACCGGUAACCUUUCCGACGGCUGCUAUGACGAAUUGGGGAGCAAUUAUGUGAUACCAGUAAUGUGCAUAGUAGAGCCAAAGAAUCUCAUUGUAGACAAGGAAGGAGCAAGCGAAUACAAGAACCAAAUUCAGGGCGAGGCACCGUCGUCUAAAGCAGAGGAGGUAAUAAUACCUUCCCCGACGUCACAUCGUCCGAAAAAGACCUUGGUUGCGCGAUUGAGUUCCGGGAAAGAUAUCAAACUCUCCGUUACGGGCGAGGAAACCAUAAAGGAGUUGCGUGCGUUGGUGGAAGAGAAAGCAGAGUUGAACCCGCAGGCUAGCAAGGGCGGACGAGUCUGUUUAAAGUUUUUUUAUUUGGGCAGACCAAUUGCAGAUAUAACCGCUGUGAAGGAGCUCAAAUUGGCGGAGGGAGGAGUUAUCCAGGUGAUGCUGAUCCCUGAAGUAUAGCAGGAUACUACGUAUGUACACGACAUUUGGGCCUGGUGCACAAAUAACAAUUCUGCUGGCAGAAAAGUGUCCUCAAGUGAUAUUCACAGGCUGUAAAAGAAUUGCGCAAAUGCAGAUGGGGUUGCGCCGUCUGGUCAAGGAAACAUCAUGACCUACGCACAAGAAUGGGCCAACAGGCAGUAGCUCCAUGUAAUCCCAUGUUGACAGACCGCACCUCUGCUUGCACGUUGCCAUACGCCAACCAAAACGUAUCCAAAUGUAGGGAUCGCUAAUAGGGAAUAACCAUCUGGCCUCUCGACCAUGAGAUAUCCCCUUCAGAAUGAGCCCAGACGUUCCUCUCAAGUGGCAUGGAAGCGAUUGACCUGUGGAGAGAAAGGCCAACGCAUGAAAGUAGCACCUUUAAUAAGAUUAAUAGUUGUAUAGUGGGUUACCGUAUUCAAUAAGAUAUGAAUCCGAAUAACUUCC